UUUCUUUCUUUAUUUACAUAUAUAUUUUUCUUUCCUUCUUUCUCUCUCUAUCUGUAUUUUUCUUUUUAUAAUAAAUGAGACCAUGGUACGUCCCCGAGGCUGCGCGAUCAGUCCAGAAACGAAACGGAGGAGAGAGAGAGAGAGAGAGAGAGAGAGAGAGAGAAUUAAUGGGUUUUUAUUAGAGUUUAUAGAGAGAAAGAGAGUGAACAAAGUAAGAGAGAGAGAGGCCAUUUUUAAAAGCAAAGAGGGCAGGGUCCUCAUAAGCCUUUUACACGUGAUAAAGAAAACACCAAAAAGUGUUUGCAUGCGUGUAUAAAGAUUCAUCAUCAUCAUCAUCACCUCUUCCUCUUCUUACUAUUUCUCUCUCCCUUACCAUACCAUCUUUCUCAUAUACUCUUCUUUUCUCUCUCGAAUCUGAAUCUCUUGAAGACCCAGUUUCUGCAUCUCUUUGGUUUUGGUUCCCUUUAGUUUGAAAAACCUCUUCUUCACGUUCUGUGGCACUAAAGUAGUUCACAUCUUUGUUAUAUACUGAGAUUUAAGGCCGUUUAGCCAUUUCAAUUGUAAUAUAUUUUAUUGAAGAGUGGAAGGCAAAGAAGAAGCAUUUCGUGUUUUACAAGUGAGUAGAGGAGAAUGCCGAUAAGGCAAAUGAAAGAAAGCUCAGAGCAACACCUGGUGAUCAAAACCCAUCUCCAAAACUCCAUGAACCCAUCUCUGAAACAACCCAAAACUGCCCAAAAUGGCAAAGGGCCACCAACCCAAGAACCCCAUAACGCUAAAACCAACAACCAAGCUUCGCCUCCUACAAAAAACAGAGGAAGAAGAAGAGGUCGAGGUGGCCGGAAAUCCGACCAGGGAGACGUUUGUAUGCGACCCAGUUCAAGACCCUGCACGGUGGCUCAUAAACCAGUGCCGGAGAAUCUCGUCGCCGGUAGUCCGAGUGGCUCCUCCGUCGAAAAUGGUGGCCACACGUGUGAGAUGGACGUGGGUUUUCCGAGUUCAAGCAAGUCUUUGAGAUUUGCUCGAAGACCUGGGUUUGGCCAAGUUGGGACCAAGUGCAUUGUAAAGGCUAACCAUUUCUUUGCUGAGUUACCGGACAAGGAUUUGAACCAGUAUGAUGUCACCAUUACUCCUGAAGUGGCAUCAAGAAAUGUGAACAGGGCCAUCAUGGCAGAACUGGUGAGGCUGUACAAAGAGACUGACCUAGGAAUGAGACUACCUGCCUAUGAUGGCAGAAAAAGUCUGUAUACCGCUGGUGAGUUGCCCUUUACAUGGAAGGAGUUCAACGUUAAGCUUAUAGAUGAAGAAGAUGUAGUUCACGGUCCCAAAAGGGAGAGACAGUACAAAGUAGUGCUUAAGUUUGUGGCAAAGGCAAAUUUGCAUCAUUUGGGCCAGUUUUUAGCUGGGAAGUGUGCUGAUGCACCCCAGGAAGCUCUCCAAAUUCUUGACAUUGUAUUAAGAGAGCUCUCAAACAGGAGGUAUUGCCCCGUUGGGAGAUCCUUCUUCUCACCCGAUAUUAGAGUUCCACAGCGGCUUGGUGAGGGCUUGGAAUCAUGGUGUGGAUUUUACCAGAGCAUAAGGCCAACACAGAUGGGCCUAUCUCUGAAUAUUGAUAUGGCAUCAGCUGCAUUCAUUGAACCUCUGCCUGUAAUUGAGUUUGUUGGUCAACUUCUUGGAAAAGAUGUGUUAUCUAGGCCCUUGUCUGAUUCAGAUCGCAUAAAGAUUAAGAAGGCUCUUAGAGGAGUGAAAGUUGAAGUUACACACAGAGCAAAUAUUCGUAGAAAGUAUCGUGUUUCGGGCUUGACAUCUCAACCCACAAGGGAACUAGUGUUCCCUGUUGAUGAGAACUCAACGAUGAAAUCAGUUGUUGAAUACUUCCAGGAGAUGUAUGGUUUCACUAUUCAACAUGCACAUCUUCCUUGCCUUCAAGUGGGAAAUCAGAAGAAGGCAAACUAUUUACCCAUGGAGGCUUGCAAAAUUGUUGAGGGCCAAAGAUAUACAAAAAGGUUAAAUGAGAAGCAAAUUACUGCACUACUAAAAGUUACAUGCCAAAGACCCAAGGAUCGUGAACAAGACAUCCUGAAGACCGUUGAACAUAAUGCUUACGACCAAGAUCCUUAUGCGAAAGAGUUUGGAAUCAGGAUCAGUGAAAAACUAGCAUCUGUUGAAGCUCGAAUUCUUCCUGCACCCUGGUUGAAGUAUCAUGACACUGGAAAGGAAAAGAAUUGCUUGCCUCAAGUUGGUCAGUGGAACAUGAUGAACAAGAAAAUGAUUAAUGGAAUGACAGUAAGCCGGUGGGCGUGUAUUAACUUCUCACGAAGUGUGCAAGAGAGUGUUGCACGUGGGUUUUGCAGUGAACUUGCUCAAAUGUGUCAAGUAUCUGGCAUGGAAUUUAAUACAGAACCUGUUAUUCCAAUUUACAAUGCCCGGCCUGAGCAAGUAGAGAAGGCAUUGAAGCAUGUUUACCAUGCAUCCAUGAACAAAACAAAAGGAAAAGAAUUAGAGCUUGUGUUAGCUAUCUUGCCUGACAACAAUGGCUCCCUAUAUGGUGAUCUCAAACGAAUCUGUGAAACAGAUCUUGGUUUAAUGUCACAAUGCUGUCUCACCAAACAUGUCUUCAAAAUUAGCAAGCAGUACCUGGCUAACGUGUCCCUGAAGAUUAAUGUGAAGAUGGGUGGUAGAAAUACUGUUCUUUUGGAUGCUAUUAGUUGCAGAAUACCAUUAGUUAGUGAUGUGCCCACCAUAAUUUUUGGAGCAGAUGUGACUCACCCUGAGAAUGGAGAAGACUCGAGCCCUUCAAUAGCUGCUGUAGUAGCUUCUCAGGAUUGGCCUGAAGUGACUAAAUAUGCAGGAUUAGUUUGUGCCCAGGCUCACCGACAGGAACUCAUACAAGAUCUGUAUAAGACAUGGCAGGAUCCAGUUCGGGGAACAGUUAGUGGUGGUAUGAUCAGGGAUCUUCUAGUUUCGUUCCGGAAGGCAACAGGGCAGAAGCCUCUGAGAAUCAUAUUUUAUAGGGAUGGUGUGAGUGAAGGGCAAUUUUAUCAAGUUCUACUGUAUGAGCUAGAUGCUAUCAGAAAGGCUUGUGCUUCUUUGGAACCCAACUACCAACCGCCAGUCACUUUUAUAGUAGUCCAAAAACGACAUCACACCCGGCUGUUUGCUAAUAAUCACAGAGAUAGGAGCAGCACAGACAAGAGUGGGAAUAUAUUGCCUGGCACUGUUGUUGAUACUAAGAUCUGUCAUCCAACAGAGUUUGAUUUUUAUCUCUGCAGCCAUGCUGGUAUUCAGGGUACAAGUAGGCCAGCUCACUAUCAUGUCUUGUGGGAUGAGAAUAAUUUUACUGCUGAUGCAAUCCAGUCAUUAACAAACAAUCUCUGUUAUACGUAUGCAAGGUGCACUCGGUCUGUAUCUGUUGUUCCACCUGCAUAUUAUGCACAUUUGGCUGCUUUUCGAGCCCGAUUCUACCUGGAACCAGAGAUGCAGGAAAAUGGAAGCAAUGGCCACCCUUCCAAGGGAACAAGGACGGCUGGAGACUUGGGUGUCCGGCCAUUGCCUGCCUUGAAGGAGAAUGUUAAGAGGGUAAUGUUCUAUUGUUAGAAUGGGAAGACAGCUGAUGCCUUGGUUGGUUUUAGAGUUGUAGCUAGAACAAGGAGGCAGCGCAAUCAUGGCAUCUUUCAUAGUUAAAAUCCCUUUCUGUAAAUGUUCCAUUGUCUAUGAUGACUAUGCAUGGCAGUUGCUGCUUGCUAUUUCCCUUCUAUUUUUUAAUAUCCCAGAACUGAAAAAGGAGGGAAGAAAAAGAAAGAACACAAGAAAAGAAUGAAAAAGAAGUAAAAGAUAGGUUCUUCCCAUAUUUAGUUUAGCAUAGCUUUGCAUAGGACACCCUAGAUGCUCUGACAAAAAAACUUGGGAAGUAGUAGGCUUAUUAUAGUUGAUGACAGGUUCCUGUCUCUUGUACUUUGCAGUGUAACCCGUUUCUGUAAGAUUUGUCAAACUAAGCUCUUUGUAAAGAAAUGAAUAAUCUUUAUAUGUAGGAAUUUUGACUCAGUAAA